AGCCUAGUCAGGUAAUCUGACCCUGAAAGCUACAGAGUGAAGACAUCCUAGUCUGGAAGGCUAUAGAAGGAACCAAAUUUAUUUCUGGGCUGCCGUGGGGGCUACUAGUGACAUGUUUCUGCCUUACUGAGGAAUACAACUCUGGUUCCUGUCAUAGGUCACAGUAAUCUGAGAAGUGCAUUUUUAAACAAGCACCACUAUACUGAAGCUGGAUUUAACCCACAGUUUGCUGGUACCUGGAGACCAAACCUGAUCACAAGAGGCAUUACCAGCUAAGGGAAAUUUCUACGCCAAACAAGGUGCUACGAAAUGGCAGCAGUAAAAGGACAAACUCAGGACACAACCAAAACUAUGUGGAAUGCUGAUAGAGUGUCCAAGAUGCAGGAAGAGGCUGGGCUGCUAAUGAAGCCCUAUGCCAGCUGGGAGGAGUUCCUCAUGCCUGCCCCUGCCUGCAUUGCCAUCUUAGGAAAGCUGAUCUGCAGCACCUCAGAGCAGGGCCCCUUCACCCUCCAAGAGAGUUCCUCCAAUGCUGACUUUACACAAGUUGAUCCCCCAAAGCACUUCAAGACCCACUUGCAUAAACUGAGUAACCAUUUCUGGGAGGCUUUCAAUGAGGCCCACACAACCAUGGGUAGCAUUAAGGAUUUCUCUGAGUCUGCAGUGACCAAGAUGAAAAACUUCAUACAGUCCUUCCAGGAAGCUGAUGUGGCAAAGGCCUUGUCCCUAACAAGCCUAAAUAAGAUAAAGAAGAGGGCAGAAAAAUGCACAACCUACGUUGGUAGUGUGAAGACAGGGUUCUCAGCUGUGACCAAAAUUAUUCAUAAACUCCUGGAGGACUGCCUGGAAACCAAGAAAAGCUAUGAGGAUAAGCUAAGAGAUGUGCAGGGAGCACUGGAGCAGGCCAAGAAACAGGAGGAGGCAGCCAAGAAGGCCAAGGAGGUGGCUGAGCAGCAUCUAAAGCAAAUGGGACAGCAACUGGAGGAGACUUUCAACCAGUACAAGAUGAGCCUGAAGUCCAUCCCAUCCGGGUGGGAAGCUGUAAAUGUGUCUAUCAAGCAGAACAUGAUAAAUGUUCUCCUUGGCCAAGGGGCAAAUUUUCUAAACAAACUGGCAGAGAAUUGUGGCUUCUCCAUAGGUGACAUAGAAGGUGAAAUGGCCAAGUUACUAAGCAUGUCUACUUCAAGCCCAGAGACCACUAUCUGUGUUAGGGCAGAUGAGCUUCUAGAAUAUGCAAAAUGGCUUAAAAAUGUAACUUCAAACGGCAGGCUCCAAAUGGAUCUCAUCUUUGACCAGAAAAGCCAAAAUGUUAAAAUCCACUGGAUAAAACAUCAUUUCCAAUCCCAGAAAAAUGAACUAAAUGAACAAGUUUCAUGUAAAGCCAAACAAGAAGCCCAAGAGAUCUGUCAGUUAGGUAUUUCUAUCUGUGAAGAGUUAGAACAAAUAGCCUUAUCCCAAAGCACAGAGGAGAAAAAACAGCAGAAAGUGAUUGAGGACAUCUGUGAACUUCAUCAGAAAGCAUUUCAGUUUACUUCAUAUAGUAAAGACUUUGUGAGGGUCCCAGCUUUCCCCUAUGUUGAAGGUCAAGAGGACUCACACUGGCAUGGAAUUGAACAGGUGAAAGAAAAUGUGAAGCAGAGAGAGAAGAUGUUCAAGGCAACUCAGGAGAAGUAUGAAAAAGGUUUUGAAGACCUGGUGAAGUGGAAUGAGGAGCUGACAAAAGUCCACUGUGACAUAAAGCAGUACGAGAUGAGGAAAAUAGAUUUUGAGAUGCUUGUGACUAUGCUGAUCGAAGAAUCUGAUGCCCUGCAGAAAAUGAAUCGGCAGUGGGAGAAGAUGGGGCAACUUAUCCAGAUGAUUUCCAGUUUGCUUGACUUCAGCUCCUGCCGGGACAUCCAGGAGUAUUUAAGUUCCAUGGAAAGUGUUCAGGCUGUAGACUACUCUUCUAAAAUCUUGGCAAUGGAUCUGGUUUGCACCCAGGUUUUCAGUGCAAUCAGCGUGGCUCAACUAGUUUACAUGAUCUCCAACAGCUACAGGAACUUAUCUGAUGAUCACCUGAUGCCCGGGUUCCAAAGCCUCCAGGACGUCAUCAGCACAAAGUCUUCUAGUUUUGAUGCCACUUAUUUUGAAAAUGCCCAGCGUGCUAUCUACAAAAAAGUGGAAAAUGCAAAGGAUGACUUUAAGAACAGCAUACAGGCCAGGAUAGAGAAAGUGAAACAAUAAAUGAGGCAAAAAAAGUUAAAAUAGUAGUAGAUAUUGUUUCGUAAGUCUUGUAGUCAUUACAGCUAAAUGCACAUCUCUUAUUCAGAUUCAUUAAAAAAGUCGAGUCACUCUUGAGCAUCCUGACAGGGUUUCCAAUACUUCAAUCAGUCGUUUCUACACCUGAGUUAAUAUUAUCAUGCCUGAUCUAAGCUUUUUAGCUAGAACUAAGAGCAGAGUGCAGGACCAUAAAACAGAAGAGAGACAUUUCCAGAAAUGUCUAACAGACAGCAAAAUUUCAGAAGAAAGGAUAGUUUGAAUAGUGGAACUUGAAGACCAUAAAGAAAGGACAGAGGGUCAUUAACACCUAUGGACUUAAUCAGGAAUUGGAUAGAUUUUAACGACCUAUGAAGUCAACUGACUCCCUCAGUUCUGCCUGAACAGAAAUCCUGCAGGUCCUCCCAGGCAGUAGGCUUUAAAGUUUGGAUGGAGUUGGAAUCAAAGGGGUGAGGCAGAGGCAUGCAACUACACCUGUAACCCUCACCUGGAUCUGUUCCUCCCCAGAUCCAUGAUGCCACUGCUGAACUC